AAUAUUACAUGUAGACAGUCAGUUAGUGAUUCAUAGUGUUUCAAAUUUCAUUCGUUUUUUUCUUUCAGAUUAUUGGAUUUCUAGGUAAACGUGGGCUUCACUGUUCAAAGUAAAAUAUCUCCAGCAAAAUGGCAGGACUGGUAAAAGCAAAGAAAUAUGACUGGAAGGAUUCCAACAUGGCCCUGUUUGGGUCAGACACUGAGAGACAGGUCAAAAAGGAAUCUGCCAUGACAGAACCAGCUUGGCAGGGAGCCGGAACUGAACCUGGUCUCCAAAUCUGGCGAAUUGUGAAAUUCCAAGUUACAGAUUGGCCUAAAGAGGACUAUGGAAAAUUCUACAAUGGGGAUUCCUAUAUUGUCCUUUAUACUUACAAGGAGGGUGAUUCCGAGGACCUGAAGUACGACCUCCAUUUCUGGAUCGGCAAGAACAGCUCACAGGAUGAGUAUGGAACUGCUGCAUACAAAACUGUAGAACUGGACACAUAUCUAGAUGACAAGGCUGUACAGCACAGAGAGGUUCAAGGUCACGAGUCUGAGAGGUUCAAAUCUUACUUCAAUGCUAUUCAGUUGUUGGAGGGUGGUGCCGAGACAGGCUUCAGACAUGUGGAACCCGUGGAGUACAAGCCCCGCCUAUUGCAGUUUAAUGGCAAGGGACGCCACAUCACCGUAAAGGAAGUUCCCUUCACAGAGAAGAGUUUGAAUUCUGAUGAUGUUUUUGUGUUGGACAAGGGACUGGAAAUCAUCCAGUGGAACGGAGCUGGGGCCAACGGCAUGGAGAAAAUCAAGGCUCAACAAUUCUGUCAGCAAUUGGAAGCUGAGAGAUCAGGGGCAAGUAACUCUGUAGUGGAGGAGGGAUCUCGCGCCCCGGCAUUCUAUGACGGUCUUCCUGAUGAAGAUGUGGAGAUGGAGGAGGAAGAUGAGGGAGUCGAGACAGGGGACAAAACUCUGAUGAAAGUCUCCGAUGCUGGUGGACAAAUUGAAAUGACUGAAGUUAAGACAGGAACUGUUACUAAGGAUGAUCUAACUUCAGAUGAUGUAUUCCUUGUGGACAAUGGCCUGCAGGUCUUUGUUUAUGUUGGUGCCAAUGCUUCUCCAGCAGAGAAGAGGAAUGGAUUUCCAUAUGCUCAUAAAUACAUCCAGGAGAACAACAGGAAGCCAUUUAUGCAUGUCACAGUGGUCAAAGAGGGUCAGCAGUCAGAGCUUGACAAUGUACUUGCCUAAAUAUGGACAUUAACCUCUGCCCACUUAGUCACAUGACUGCCCGUGUCACGUAGCUUGUAAAAAUACAUGUAUACAUGGCUUUUGCAACAGGGGACAUUGCAUUGUUGUGCGGCACCAUAUUUUUUUGGUACAAAUUAAUUUUUUUUUAAUUAAAAAAAAAUGUAGCCUGUUAUUUCAAUAAUUUUCUUCAUUAAUGUAAAAUAAUUUUUUUUUCCAAAUGUUUUCAUUUUACAAAUUUUUUUUUUUCACAAGUGCUUUACAUAAGGCAAUAUUUACAUGACAACUAUACCUUAACUGCCUGGAGGGCUUUCAAACAGAAAUAUCCUCUGUGACUUUGUCUUGGUAUUUAGUAUAGAAUUGCUGUCUUUUUCAUUUUAUUCUUUGCCGGGCAUUUCCAUAACUGGUGGUGCAUUUUUUUUUUGAGAUCAGUAUAGUCUGUUGUCCUCUAUAUAUCAUUAUUUGUAUGUUGUGGUUAUACUGUAUAUCCUUAAGCCAUAUGAAAAAAAAAUAAAAAAUGAGAAUAGUGCUUAGAUGCUUGAAUCAAAGAAAGCAUACAUUUUGUUAAAAGUUGACUGUUAUGUUUCAUUUUUUUCAUGGUAUUUUCUAACAAUUUGUAGACAGGUUUAUACACUGCUCAUUGAAAUUUUAUUUUUUUUCAUUUUUGCUUUAUUGGUUUGUCUUGUUGAUGACGAAAUUUUCAGUUUUUUUUAUUAAGAUUUUGUAAGUUAUUCUAUUCUGCUUUUUUUUGCAUAUUUUUUGUUUAAAAAGUUCUUAUUUAUAUACAAAUUAUUGUUUUUUUACGAGCUGCAAUAGAGAUGAUGGUCAUAUGUUGGUCAUGUGACUUGUCUCCUUAACAACCACUCCUGCUUCUUGUAGAUAUCUUAAUAACAUCUAAAAAUAAAAUAUUUCACACAA